UGUCAACUUUUCUCCAAGCAGAUUGGCAUGCACGUUGUACAGCCAUGCUUUCAAUUUUGCAGCUGCUUGGAGUAUUCUGGGAAUCUCAAAUAAGAGUCUCAGUUUACAAGCAUCUGUCCCAGAUCCUCAGUGCCUGGGAUUCUGUUGAAACGCGACGACGCUGUUUCAGCUUCUCUGAAAUCUAACGCUUUUCUUGAUUCAAAUCACUCAAAGUAGGAUUUAAUUUGGACAUUGGAUUGAUUCUCUUUAGCUCCAAUCACACGAUAGCACCCUGUAUCACCAUGUAUAUACUUGCCCUCGUCACGUUAAUGGCAGCCUCUGCAGUCAUGGCUGAUGUACCUGCAUUCUGCAAUGGAUACGACUGCCCACGAUUCAAGGUUUUAAGGGAAAUGCCCGACUAUGAAGUCCGCGAGUACGAGGAAUCACGCUGGGUGGGCACUGACGUGUCCGGCGCAAGUUUCAGGCAAGCAGGUCGCAGUGGGUUCUGGCGUCUUUUCAGAUAUAUCUCAGGAAACAACGUUGCAAACGCCAAAAUCCCCAUGACUUGUCCUGUGUUGAGAACCAUCUUCCCAAAAGAGGUCGCUGGCAGUGAGGGAAAAUACACAACAUUAUUCUUUCAACCGCUCAACCUACAGGAGAUAGGAGGCCCCGCUCCAAGUGAUCCUGACGUGUACCUGCAAGUGGUCCCUAAAGUCGUCAUGUAUGUAAGGAGUUUCGGCGGAUAUGCAUCUGAGGACGAUUACCUCAAUGAGGCAGAUAUUCUCGCUGCCAGCAUUAACAACUCAAGUGCUUAUAUCAAUGACGAAUACUAUGCCGCUGGUUAUGACAGUCCCUUCAAGUUUUGGAACAGACACAACGAGAUCCUCUUUAAAGCCAGAGAUAGCCAAAAGGACUAA